AUGAUGAACACCCAGGAAGAGUCGACCGAGGAGGAAGCAAAAACUUUGUGUAGCUCAAAUGAAGAGAACUCUACAAAAUUAGCGAAGAAAAGAAAGCUACAAGAAAUAGGACCAAGUGAAAUAAUCGAGGAAGUAGAAUCAACAGGGGGAGAAGCCACAAUAUGUGUAGACGAAGGAGAAGGGAAUAACGAAUCAAAUUAUAAAUUGAAAAAAAAUAAAAAAAGAAAAAUUUUAACCCUUUUUAACAAUAUCUUCAAUUGGGUUGUGAGUAAAAAUGUAAAGAUCCCAUCGAAAGAAAUUGAAACCAAAGAAGAGGUACAUUUUUUUAAUUUUAACAACAUUUUGUCUAAACACUUCGGUUCAAAGGUUCUGUUCGUAACAGAUGAGUCCAUCAGCAAGGCGGAAAACAUAAUGAUUGAGGACAAGGUCGGGUGGGUAACUAGAAGAAGGAGGGACGUAGGACAUGAGUGGCUCAUAUUGAAAUUAAAAUACCCAAGUGUUAUAUAUGGAAUAGAAAUAAAUUUCGAAAAUAUGAACGAUGAUAUAUGCCCCCAUUUGUCAAUUGAGGUGGUGGAAAAUUCUUGUAUUGACGAAAUUGUAAAAGAGGAAGAAUGUAUAAUGAACGAAACGGAUGAAAAACAAGCAACAGAACAGAGAGAACAUAAAAUUACAAAAAGGAAAAGCUACAAUUUUUUAGAAUCUUACAAAAUUGAUAAAUCCAUAUCAGACAUUUUGGAAAAUCAAAAUACUCCCUGGGUAGAAUUACUACAAGCAGAUUGUGUAGAUUUCCUCAAAUCUCUUCAUAAAAAAAAAAUAUACUAUUUUAAAGUUAAUGAUCUGUCCUUGAUCAAGCCAUGGACACAUAUAAGAAUUAAUUUAUACCCAGAUGGAGGUAUAAAUAAAAUAAAAUUUUAUGGAGAAUUCGUAACCCUAUUUAAAAAGCAUACAAUUUUAUCUAAACAAAAAAUUUUCCUAAAUAAACCCGAAAAUGGAUGUACUCUAAUAUAUUACCAUUGUGAUCAUAUACAUAAAGGACAUCCAAAGGAUAUGAUCGAUUCAUAUAAAACUAAUGGCUUCUCAACAAAGAGAUUAUUCAAUAGACCACCAAUUAUCCUACGUACACUUAGUUACAAUUCAAUUAAAAAUGUUUCCAUUUUUAAAUUCGGUGUGCGCGGCGUUAUCGAAAAUUUUACCUUUGAUAUUGGAAAUUACAAAUAUGAUCACCCAGAAUAUAUUCAAAUUUAUUUAUUGGACUGUGUAGAUAUGCUCACUUUGGACUUACUAGAACAGAAACGCAUCUUUGAACAAGAUGAAAAAAUGGAAAAAAAAAAAAUACACUGGCUGCAACUACCUCCAUGUAAAUUGGCAAACGAUCAGAAGAAAACAUUUUACAAUUUUAAUUUGCUCGAGUAUAACUUCACAGUCAUGGAGAGGACAGCCACUCACUUCAAAAUUUCCCUCCAUCCCGAUGGGGGCAUAUCACAAGUCAACGUCAUCGGUACCGUUUUGUCCACUCCAUCCUGA